AUGGCCGAUGCUGGUUUUUUUAAAGGUACAUCGGCUGAACAAGAUAGUCGAUUUGCAAAUAAACAAAAGAAAUUACUCAAACAAAUGAAAUUUCCAGAUAAUAUCGAUGCUAAAAUUGAUAUGUCAAAAGUUAGUUUAGAUGUUAUCAAACCAUGGAUUACACAACGUUUAGAAGAGUUAUUAGGUUUAGAAGAUGAUGUUGUUAUUGAAUUUGUUUUUAAUCAACUUGAGGAUAAAAGUCCUGAUCCAAAAAUGAUGCAAAUUAAUUUAACCGGUUUUCUUGGUGGAAGUAAAGCUCGAUUAUUUAUUGGUGAACUUUGGAGUUUAUUAGCUAGUGGACAAGCAGCACCUGAUGGUAUACCAACAGAAUUGGUUGAAAUGAAAAAAAAAUAUUUACAAAAACAAAAGGAAGAAGAUGAUCGUUUACGUGAUAUACGUAAACGUGAAGAAGAUUCACAUCGUCAAGACACAAAAGGUGAUAGUGAUAAACUCAAUGGUCGUAAUCAAAUACCAUCAUUAAGUAGUAGUAGAUCACGUCAUGAAAAUGGAAAUAAUCCUGGAUAUAAAUCACGAUCAAAUUAUGAUGAUGAUCGUCGUGAUCGAAGACGUCCAGAUGAUCGAUAUGAUCGACGACGUUCACCACCUUCUCGAAGUCGUCGAUCACCAUCACCACCAUCAAAAAAACGUCGAUCACCUUCACCACCAUCCAAAAGUCGUCGAUCACCAUCUCCACCUUCUAAGAAACGUCGGUCACCCUCACCACCACCCAAAAUUCGUCGAUCGCCGUCACCAUCACCUAAAAAACGUCGAUCACCUUCGCCACCACCGAAAAAUCGUCGAUCACCUUCGCCACCACCGAAAAAUCGUCGAUCACCUUCGCCACCACCGAAAAAUCGUCGAUCGCCGUCACCACCAUCAUUUAAAAAACGUCGAUCACCUUCAACGCCACCCAAAGGUCGACGUUCACCAUCUCCACCAUCUAGAAAACGUCGUUCACCCUCACCACCACCGAAAGGCCGUCGAACACCAUCUCCACCAUCAAAAAAACGUCGAUCACCUUCGCCACCACCCAAAAAUCGCCGAUCGCCAUCUCCACCAUCCAAAAAACGUCGAUCACCUUCACCACCGCCGAAAAAUCGUCGAUCACCAUCUCCACCAUCUAAAAAACGUCCAUCACCUUCACCAUUUAAAGGUCGUCAAUCACCAUUAUUAUCAUUAAAAAGUCGUCGAUCACAUCAUUCACGAAGUCCAGAUCCAAGAUCACGACGUAAGGAUAUCAAACCAUUACCAGUCUCAUCAUCUGUUUCAAGAAAAGAUGUUUACAAAAAAUCUACUCGAUCUACUUCAAAAAGUAGUGAAAGUGAAGAUGAUCGUCAACAUCAUUCUCGUUAUGAUAAAUCUAAAAAAAUUUCAACAUUAAAUCAACGUGAUAAUCGUCGUCCAUUAUCACAAUCUCCAAAACAUAGUCGAAGUCCAAUGAAACCACGAAAAAAUGAACCAAUAAAAAAUCGUUCACCAUCACGAUCAUCAUCAUCAUCGUCAUCAUCAUCUAUGGAAGCAUCACCAAAACAAAUAAAAAAUCCUUUAAAUCCAAAAUCUAAACCUCGUUCACCAUCAACAAGUUCAAAUGCAAGUCAAUCACCAUCACCAUCACGUUCAACAUCUCAACGUAAUCAUAAAAUUGCUCGAAAAAAAUCGAAUGAUUCAUCUGAUGAUUAUAAAGAAAAAAAACGAUAUAAAAAUAAUGAUUCAUCAAGUGAUGAUCAACAAAAAGAUCAAUCAUCUAAACGUGUAGUUGACAAAGAACAAUUAAUAUCAAAAUCUAAACAAAAAUCACCUACACCAUUAUCAUCACGAUCACCAUCACCACCACCCCCAUUACCACCACCAUCGCAAACAACAAAGAAAACAGCUUCAACUUCAUCAAAUAUUGAUAAAGCUAAAUCAACUGUAUCACCACCAAUGAAAGAAAUACAAAAAAAUAAAAGAUUAACUCGUUCACCAUCUGAUAAAUCAUCAUCAGGAUCAGGUUCAAAUUCUUCUUCAUCAAGUUCAGGAUCAUCAGGUUCAUCAUCAGAAUCCGAAUCGGAUAAUGAUAAAAAACCAAAUAAAAAAUCACCAUCUGCUAAUAGCGAUUCAUCAAGUCGUUCACGAUCACCAACACCUGUACGUUCGAAAAAAGAAGAUAAAAAAUCAACUAAACCUAGAUAA